AUGCGUCCCAACUCGUCCUGCUGGACCUUAGCCGACCUCCUGCACCGGUCUCCCUCCCCGACGGCGCGGGGCUCCCGCUGCCAGAACCUGUGGCGCCGCUGCCAGCCCUCGGACGUCACCAAGGGGCUCCUGGUGGCCCUGGUGGGCGGGGGGCUCCCGGCGGGCUUCGUGGGGCCCUUCUCCCGCAUGGCCUAUCAGACCAGCCGCCUGCCCUCGCUGGAGCUGCUCCUGUGUCGCUGCCUCUUCCACCUGCCCCUGGCAGCGGCCCUGGGCUCCCGGGGCCGCCCGCUGUUCGGGCCGGCGGGGGCCCGGGGCCGGGCCUGGCUCCACGCCCUGCUCAACGUCCUGAGCAUCGGCUGCGCCUACAGUGCGGUCCUGGUGGUGCCCAGCGGCAACGCCUCCACGGUGCGCAAGGGCUCGUCCACCGUCUGCUCCACGCUGCUGGCCCUGUGCCUCGAGAGCCAGCGCCUCAGCGGCUACGACUGGUGCGGCCUGCUGGGCAGCACCCUGGGCCUCCUCAUCAUCGUCGGGCCCAACCUGGGCACCCUGAAGGAAGGGGCCGAGGGCGUCUACAUGGCCCUGGGCUACGUGCUGGCCGUCCUGGGCGGGCUGGCCCUGGCGCUGGGCCUGCUGGUCUACCGCUCCCUAGACUUCCCCUCCUGCUUCUUGACCGUGGCCUUCCUGUUCGGUGUGGUCGGCGUCCUGGGGGCCCUCCCGAGCCUCUUCGUCCUGCAGACCCCCAUCUGGCCCCAGGACCCCCUGACGUGGAGCUGCGUGGUGGCGGUGGCCAUCCUCGCCCUGGUCUCCUUCAUGUGCGCCAGCUACGCCGUGACCAAGGCGCACCCGGCCCUGGUGUGCGCCGUGCUGCACUCGGAGGUGGUGGUGGCCCUGGCCCUGCAGUACUACGUCCUCUACGAGGCCGUGGCCCCGUCCGACAUCAUGGGCGCCGGCGUGGUCCUGGGGAGCAUCGCCAUCAUCACCGCCCAGAACCUCAGCUGCGACCGGGGCGACCGAGGCGGCGUGGGGACGCCUGGGGCCGGAGUCGAGGCCGGUCGGCGGCCCCGGGACCGCCUGGGCUCCCUCGAGGAGGGCCUGACGUCGGGCGGAGAGGACUGA